AUGAAUUUGUUCAGGAUCAGAAGGAAAAUUAGGGUUUGUCCGCGAGCUCUCCCUUCUGAUCAAGAACCACGCUCUACGCCACGCACUACGCCGCCAAUUGUGCCACUUGGCACCGUGGCUGCCCUCCAGGUGUCAGCUUGCCGUGCCACCAUCCGCCUCAGUUUUGUCAUGAUUGGGGCGGUGUGUGGUCGUGUUGGGGCGAAUGCUGGGGGCUUGCUCCUGGGUGCGCAUGCCGGGCUAGCCCAGACAGGAGGGCAGGCGCUUGCACUCUCACUGCCAGCAUGCGCAGUGCAGAAGGGGGGCAGGCAUGCCAGGCUCUCUUCCUCCUCCCCCCUCUCUUCAACGACCUUUGUCCGACAGAGUGAUGGCGCCUCUCCCCGGCACUCCUAUGACUGCACCCCUUCAGCCAUUGCGGAGCGCGUUUCCUCCGGCAACUGCACGUCUACGUCUGCCAGCCUGUGUGGCUCCUCUACCUCCUGCCUCCACCACCCCUUUGCGCAUGAUCCUCGUUCCGCCUCAGGCGUGUCCCCACUGACUGCCCCCGGCAGCCCUGUAUAUAACCUCUGUACACAGUCAACCAAAGGGGGCCCUCGUCUGCGCCCGCGGUCCCGCCAUCGGCUUCUGCCCUCCAGCCUUAGGGGCGGUGCAGACGGGUCAGGGUUGAGGUCAGGUUCUUGGGUAGGAAGCAACGCAUGGCCGGGAGCGUGGUUACUGUUUGGGUUAAGUGCGACGGGGCUGGCCACUGCGGAGGUGGCCCCAGGAACAGGGGAGGACUCGGGGGAUGUCGAUGACGAGUGGUGCGCUGAGAGCAGGACAGGGGCUGCGGGGGCUGCGACGUGCCAUGCCAAGGACGUGCUGACCAACUACCGGAGGAUUGGCGUGCGUGGCGAUGGGCGAUGCCUGUUCCGCGCUGUGGCGUAUGGGCACAACGUGCAGGAGAAGAGGGGAGCGCAGGACAGCGAGCGUGACGAGCAGCAGGCCGACCAGCUUCGCAACAUGGCGUUGGACGAAUUGGUGCGGCGGCGUGACGAGAGCGAGUGGUUCAUUGAGGGCGACUUCGACCACUACGUGCACCGCAUGCGCCACCCCGGGGUCUGGGGCGGCGAGCCAGAGCUGCUCAUGCUGUCUCAUGCGCUCAAGAAGCCCAUCACGGUGUAUAUUCCCGACCCGUCGGGCGCGGGCAUCCUGAGCAUCGCAGAGUACGGGCAGGAGUACGGCAAGGCCGCCAUUGCGGUGCUCUAUAACGGCUCCACCCACUACGACGCACUGCUCGUGCCGGCAGCCGACCACAUCGCCGCCAGGCUCUGAACAACCGCAGUUUGUAUGGGGAUUGGGGCGGGGCCUGGCGUAAGAGAGAAUGUGGGGAAAUGGGAAGGGGGGAGGGCGCUCGAAAUGUUUGCUUGUGCUUAAAAGCAUAAGGUUAUGGCAACAUACAUGCCAGCGGGAUGGGGGGUAGCUUGAUUUUCGAGCACCGAAAACGAGAAGAGAGGACUCUUUGUUGAGAUAAUCUAUUGACAUUUUAGGCGGUCAGAUUUGACAUUCUGACAGGCGUUAGAGCGGGUUCGCCAUAAUCGCGUCCGUCACUGAGCAUCUGCCGAGCUUUGCUUGGAGCCCGCAGCAACCUCCAUUGCUUAACAUAGAUGAGGUGGGUAUACCUCGCAGCUUCUUGACGUAGAUAAUUGGAGUUGAGUUGGUGCCUGAUGCAUCAAGCACUCAUUUCUUGUUUGGCCCCUUCCACCUGUGGGGUACCCGUACAGGUUUUGUGAGUGUAGAGAGCAAUUGAAUAUGGGCAUUUUGUUGCCUGGUUAAGCGGCUGAAGCAAUUUAGUCUAGUUCCCUAGAGGGGGAUCGAGCUUCGUCCGUGGGUGUACACCUGAACGAGCCGCCCGGAUCGGUUAACUGGCAACCAUGACGCUGUAGAUAGAACACUGUGACAUCGCGCUUCCAGAGCUGCUCACUGAGGUUGAGUCAGCUGGUGUAACUUCCUCACAAUCAAUAUAUUGAGAUGCAUAUUAGAGG